ACGAGCACGCGGCUCGUGGGCGCGGCUAGUGGGUCCUGGGGCGUCCGAGCCGAGCCUGUGCGUUCGGCGCGUUGACCCUCGCUCGGCCAGGCCCGCCUGCUGGACGGAAACGCUGCGGUGGCGCCUGAGGAGCUGCGGUGCGGACGGCGCGCCCGGGCGCAGCGGCCGCCCCGACGUCCUCGGAGUCUCUAGAAGCUGAAAUCUACCACCAUCUUUCAAAAUGCAAUGGAACCUACUACGGACUAUUUCUCGGCUGGCCCACAGAACAUACUGGGAACCACAGAAAGCUGGUCUCUUUGGACACUACCAGAAUGUAAAGGGAACAUUGCUUUUGUAUAGUGCCGAGUCCAAAGUGUUUGGGGUACACUACUCUCAAGAGCAGUGGCUGCACCUGUCUACUGCCCAGUGCCUUGCAAAGGAACAGAAGCCAUUGGAUGCUCAGCCUCUGCGGCCAAGGAUCCUUCACCACAAAGGAUGGGAACAGGAUGCUUCAUCCAAGAGGGCUUUAUCGUCUAGUGCCACACCCCAAGGAACUCCUUCUGAAAAAAAGGAAGAGACUGAUCCUUUACAAGACAAAUCUAUUAGCCUUUAUCAGCGAUUUAAGAAAACCUUUAGACAGUAUGGGAAAGUUUUGAUUCCUGUGCAUCUAGUAACUUCCGGUAUUUGGUUUGGGACAUUUUACUAUGCAGCCAUAAAAGGUGUGAAUGUCAUCCCUUUCCUAGAGCUCCUUGGGUUACCUGACAGUGUAGUAGACAUCCUGAAAAACUCCCAGAGUGGAAAUGCCCUGACGGCAUACGCCAUGUUUAAGAUUGCAACACCUGCCCGCUACACUGUGACCUUGGGAGGAACGUCCUUUACCGUCAAGUAUUUGAGAAGCCGUGGCUAUAUGUCGACCCCGCCGCCUGUCAAGGAGUAUUUGCAGGACAGGAUGGAAGAGACCAAGGAGCUCAUCACCGAGAAAAUGGAAGAGACAAAGGAUAGACUCACUGGGAAAUUACAAGAAACCAAAGAAAAAGUUUCUCUUAAGAAAAAAGUGUAACAGUGUGCCCUAAUUAACAAGCUAUAGAAAUCCCCUGCACUUUAACCCUCUAGAGUCUUUGGGCAAAGACACAUUCUCAUUACUUUUUUGGUUAGUUGACAAUUAUAUCAGUUCUCUAGGGGUUAAUGAAAUAAGAUAACCCUUUUAAAAGUUAAAUCACCAGAAAAAUUGUGGGGUUUUUUGUUUUGAUUUUUAAGAAGAGAGCCCCGUGUAACAAUUUUACGUCAGUGGUAGCAAUAAGCAGUGGCUAAUAUCUUCACUGUCAGGUUGUUAUUUUUUCCCAGGUCUUCAGAAUCAAAUUUGCUUUAUUUUUUGGGCUGUAGCCUGAGCAGACUAGGUCAUCUCUUGGAAUAACUGUGGCCUGAAGACAAGACAGGCUGCUAAUACCAGAUCUGUUUCUAAGUUACUGAUGAAGAUUGUGACUGUAUUCAGUUCUCUGGGUGGAAGCAGACUUGGACCGUCUGGGUGCUUAGUUCUUUCCAUGACAAAGCAUCUCACAUAACCUAUCCAUUCAGAUAGAGACCUUAUAUGAAGAAAGUUGAAGAAAAAUUUAACCAUAUGUAUGUAAAUACUAUGUACUGGUUACACAUAAAUGAAAUUGAACCCUUUAAAAUGAUUUUUAUCUAAAGCUUGUCAAAAAUCACAUUUUCUACAGCAAAUAAGCAGCCAUUGGUCCCUUUCAAGCUUGUGGUAGUGAGUGCAGAACAUCAGAUGAUCUUGUUACUCAUUUGUGUUCCCUUUAGCUAAUCUCUUAGGCGAAGUGUGAAGGUUUUAUAAAGUUGAUUAUGGUUUAAUAGUGACAAGCCAGUGAAGGUCUGAAGCGCAUGGAGGGAGCCAGUGCUGUCCUUGAGGAGUACGGACCUCCUUGCACACCAGCUACUUCCCGGUAGCUUUGUCUCACUGAUAAUGUUGAUUUCAGUAUGGAAUCCAUCUUAAAAUAAUGGCUGCUGCUUUUUAUAUUAUA